GGAUUUGCUGCUGGGCGCUCGCCGGUUGCCAGGCGGCCUGGGCUGGGGACCUGCCCUCCUCCUCCGGCCGCCCGCUUCCUCCUUGCCAGGAGAAAGACUACCACUUUGAAUACACAGAGUGUGAUAGCAGCGGCUCCAGGUGGAGAGUGGCCAUUCCGAAUUCUGCAGUGGACUGCUCUGGCCUGCCUGACCCCGUGAGAGGCAAAGAAUGCACUUUCUCCUGUGCUUCCGGGGAGUAUCUAGAAAUGAAGAAUCAGGUAUGCAGUAAGUGUGGAGAAGGCACCUACUCGUUGGGCAGUGGCAUCAAAUUUGAUGAGUGGGAUGAAUUGCCAGCAGGAUUUUCCAACAUUGCAACCUUCAUGGACACUGUGGUGGGCCCUUCUGACAGCAGGCCAGACGGCUGUAACAACUCCUCCUGGGUGCCCCGAGGAAACUACAUCGAGUCAAAUCGCGAUGACUGCACCGUGUCUUUGAUCUAUGCCGUGCACCUGAAGAAGUCAGGUUAUGUCUUCUUUGAGUACCAGUAUGUCGACAACAACAUCUUCUUUGAGUUCUUUAUUCAAAAUGAUCAGUGCCAGGAGAUGGACACCACCACUGACAAGUGGGUAAAACUCACAGACAAUGGAGAAUGGGGCUCCCAUUCCGUCAUGCUGAAAUCAGGCACAAACAUACUCUAUUGGAGAACCACAGGCAUCCUUAUGGGUUCCAAGGCAGUCAAACCAGUGUUGGUAAAAAAUAUCACAAUUGAAGGGGUGGCCUACACAUCGGAAUGUUUCCCAUGCAAGCCGGGGACCUUCAGCAACAAACCAGGGGCGUUCAACUGCCAAGUGUGCCCCCGAAACACCUAUUCGGAGAAAGGAGCCAGCGAAUGCAUAAGGUGUGACGAGGACUCGCAGUUUUCAGAGGAAGGAUCCAGCGUGUGUAUGGAGCGGCCCCCCUGCACCACAAAAGACUAUUUCCAGAUCCAUACUCCAUGCGAUGAGGAAGGAAAGACACAGAUAAUGUACAAGUGGAUAGAGCCCAAAAUCUGCCGGGAGGAUCUCACAGAUGCUAUUCGACUGCCCCCUUCUGGAGAGAAGAAGGAUUGUCCCCCUUGCAACCCUGGGUUUUAUAACAACGGGUCAUCCACUUGCCACCCCUGCCCUCCUGGGACGUUUUCGGACGGAACAAAAGAAUGCAGACCCUGUCCAGCAGGAACAGAGCCGGCACUUGGGUUUGAAUAUAAAUGGUGGAAUGUCCUUCCUGGCAACAUGAAAACUUCCUGCUUCAAUGUUGGGAAUUCAAAGUGUGAUGGGAUGAACGGUUGGGAGGUGGCCGGAGAUCAUGUCCAGAGUGCAGCAGGAGGUUCAGACAAUGAUUACCUGAUCUUGAACAUGCACGUCCCAGGAUUCAAACCACCGACGUCCAUGACUGGAGCCUCAGGUUCUGAACUAGGAAGAAUAACCUUCGUCUUUGAGACCCUCUGCUCAGCCGACUGUGUCCUGUACUUCAUGGUGGAUAUUAAUAGGAAAAGUACCAAUGUGGUGGAAUCAUGGGGUGGAACCAAAGAGAAACAAGCAUACACCCACAUCAUCUUCAAGAAUGCCACGUUUACGUUUACCUGGGCCUUCCAGAGAACCAAUCAGGGUCAAGAUAAUAGACGGUUCAUCAAUGACAUGGUGAAGAUUUAUUCUAUCACAGCCACUAAUGCAGUCGAUGGGGUGGCGUCCUCAUGCCGUGCCUGUGCCCUCGGUUCUGAACAGUCGGGCUCAUCGUGUGUCCCCUGCCCCCCAGGCCACUACAUUGAAAAAGAAACCAACCAGUGCAAGGAGUGUCCACCUGACACCUACCUGUCCAUACAUCAGGUCUAUGGCAAGGAGGCUUGUGUUCCAUGUGGGCCUGGAAGUAAAAGCACUCAGGACCACUCCAUUUGCUACAGUGACUGCUUUUUCUACCAUGAAAAAGAAAAUCAGAGUUUUCACUAUGACUUUAGCAACCUCAGCAGUGUGGGCUCAUUAAUGAAUGGCCCCAGCUUCACCUCCAAAGGAACAAAAUACUUCCAUUUCUUCAAUAUCAGCUUAUGUGGGCAUGAGGGGAAGAAGAUGGCUCUCUGUAUGAACAAUAUAACAGACUUUACAGUAAAGGAAGUGGUGGCGGGCUCCGAUGAUUACACAAAUUUGGUAGGAGCAUUUGUGUGCCAGUCAACUAUUAUUCCUUCUGAAAGUAAGGGUUUCCGAGCAGCCUUAUCAUCACAAUCCAUUAUUCUGGCAGAUACAUUUUUAGGAGUGACAGUUGAAACAACAUUGCAAAAUAUUAAUAUAAGAGAAGACAUGUUCCCGGCUUCACCAAGCCAAAUUCCAGAUGUGCAUUUCUUUUAUAAAUCUUCUACAACUACAACGUCUUGCAUUAAUGGCCGAUCCACUGCUGUGAAAAUGAGAUGUAAUCCUACCAAACCUGGAGCAGGAGUGAUCUCAGUCCCCAGCCGGUGCCCGGCAGGAACCUGUGAUGGGUGCACCUUCUAUUUCCUGUGGGAGAGCGCCGAGGCUUGCCCUCUGUGCACACAGCACGACUACCAUGAGAUAGAGGGCGCUUGCAAGAGAGGCUUCCAGGAAACCUUAUAUGUAUGGAAUGACCCCAAAUGGUGCAUCAAAGGAAUUUCUUUGCCAGAGAAAAAAUUGUCAACCUGUGAAACAGUUGACUUUUGGCUGAAAGUUGGUGCAGGGGUGGGAGCCUUCACAGCUGUUUUGCUAGUGGCUCUUACUUGCUACUUCUGGAAAAAGAAUCAAAAACUGGAGUACAAAUAUUCCAAGUUGGUAAUGACGACUAACUCAAAAGAGUGUGAGCUCCCAGCUGCAGACAGCUGCGCUAUUAUGGAAGGAGAAGACAAUGAAGAAGAGGUUGUGUAUUCCAAUAAACAGUCGCUGCUGGGAAAACUCAAAUCCUUGACCACAAAGGAAAAAGAAGACCAUUUUGAAUCUGUUCAACUGAAAUCUUCAAGAUCCCCCAAUAUAUGAAGAGACAGUGCUGUAGCCUGCAGAAUAAGGAACAAAGAAACCUGCUCUCUAGUUUUACAGGACUAUAUUGUAGGGCCUGUCCCCACAUCUGUCACACUGGUGAUCUCACCGAGGAGGGCCGUGCUGCUGAGAAGGGGAGGAAGUUGGAAUGUUUGAUUGCCUUAUCACAUGGUCAAGUGCAUUGCCAAAAAAAAAGAGAAAGGAAAGCAGAUGAUUUGGGUCUCAACUGAAGAUGAAGCUUAACUCAGGAAGAGAUUUAUCUGUAUAUACACGUAACUGAAAACCAAGUUUAAGCCCACCAGUGCACUGCUGAUGCAUGCCAUAGAAGUAAUGGGUCACUUUUAUUCUUUAUACUGUCUACGUAAAAAUUGUGCUUUGGAGGGCAGAUGUGAGCAUAUGUGUUAUCCCAAUUAUGUCUUUUCUUUAUUUAUAUGUUGGGGAAGAUUUGAGAAAAUUUUUAAGGUAUCAUUAUUUUCCCAUUAUUUAUUUUACCAACUUAAAAUAUCUUUUCUAUUAAAAAUGGAGAGCAAUGAAAGACAAUAAAUUUUUCAUUUUUUUCCACAGGGUAUCUAUUCUUGAUUUUAGAAGCUUAAAUAAUCAGUAAAACUCUAGGAAGAGUUAGACUGUGCUUGGGUUAUUUAAACUUAUAAUCGCCUUUGAAAUUCCAUCCUUACUGAAACUGAUAAGAAGGGCUUGACUGAAAGCUUGAAGGAAUCUUAAAAGGAAAAAAAAAAACGGCAAGGAGAAUAUUUUAACUUUCCAUUAGUGCAAACUAGCUGCUCUGUCAUCAAAGUUAAAUGGCUUAACAUCGUUUGUGCAGGGCUUGAAGUACAAAAUGAGUGAGAGAGCUUGUUGAUCAGAUUCCUUGAAAAAUCAAGGAGAAAGUGCAGUGACUUGUCAGUAAGCGCAGAUGACUGUACAAAGAUGUUAGCAUCACUUCAUGGUCUUCAGAAAGUGUCAGUGGGACAUUUGGCCCACGCAAGUGCCACAUGUCAUAUGAUUAUUUUUCUUCUACCAGACUUUGAGAAUCAUCACCUUUUGAGAAGUUUUGUUGUUUGUUUUUGUAAAACAAUAAGGCAAGAAUUUGAUUUUGGAAAUUGCAUAUAGUUGUAUUUAUAAUGAUGUUUCAUAAGUAACUAUGAAAUGAGUAUUGUUCCAAAUCAACAGUGGUCCAGAUAAUUGUGGUAUUUCCUCUUACAGAUUACUAGUAUUAGUACGACUUGGUUGUUUUUGUUGAGAGGAGUUUGAAUGAAGUUGAAUUUCUUUGUUUUAGAUCUGUGGGGGACAGGAGUUUGCUGGCUGUUGAGGGUCUAAGGUGCUGUGGUUUGUUUCCAAUGAAUAGUAAUCCCUAUAGCUCUUGAUGCAGUUUUAAAGAAGGCUGUGAUGGGCUGAAAGGCUGGCAUAUGGAUAAAGGGUGUUGAAUGUUCUUCCACAACCAUUUCACUGAAGUGUGACUUAGAACUUUUCAUUCUGUGGGUAGUAUCUUUCAUGUUUCUGGAAAAUGGGAGAACAAAAUGAUUGUGUUCACUUGACUGGUGGGCAAAACACCAGACCUUUCUGCUAUUGAAUGAACGUUUGUUUUGUGUACAUCUCUAUUAUUGUGUUCAUGAGUUUUGAAGAGGUUGCCAUUAUUUUAUUGUUUGUUGAGGGAUUCAGGAGGGUGUCACUUGGCAUAAACUUUUUUUUUGCAUCUAAUUUCUUGAAGCUUUUUAUAAAGAAGGAAUUAUUUUGGCAUUGCCUGUUUUUAUCCCAGUAACAGAGUGCUGACGAGCCUUUCUCCAUCUUGAUUAAAAUUUAAACAGAAGAAUGAAAAAGAAAACAUUUGAAAUGCACCCUUUCAGAAGAAGCUUGAAAGGCUGUACAGACCGGACAGGUCGGUUUCUGCAGUCACCUGUCACCUCUUUCUUCAUCUUCAGCUGUGCUCAACAUGUAUGUUCCAAGCCAUACAGAUAAUUGGGAUUUGCUCCCAGGUGGCUUCUUGCUUCUUGCCACUGGACUAAAAUCUCUGACAUGUCAAAAAUGCCUUAAAUUUUAAUGAGC